GGAGCUGCAGCCCCAGCAAAGGAAGCUUCACGGCCAGAUUUCUUCAGCGCACAAAGCGGAAGCAACUUGGCACCGCGAGCAGACACUGAGCAUGUGGCGGAAGAACCCACACUUUCCCGGCCAGAGGCAGCAGGGAAGCCAGCGGGAAUCAGCCUGCGACUUCCUAAGGCUGCCAAGAGCAAGACCCCUCCGAAGCAGCGAGGCACACCAGACCUUGUGCCAGACAGGUCUUUCUUUGGCGGAAGUGCUGUGCACAAGCAUGGGACGGAGACAGUCAAGGUUGAGGCUGCUGGCGCAACCCCACCGUCACCACGGUCGCCACUAGCAGUGGAUCGCCCAGCGGACAACUCACACGCAGCAGCACCGCUUGGACAACCAAGUGACAAUGGCCCAGAUGGCAGCGGCUCGGUCACAGCGGCUGAUGGGCAAGAAGCACAAGAAGCAGGAGCUGCAGCCCCAGCAAAGGAAGCUUCACGGCCAGAUUUCUUCAGCGCACAAAGCGGAAGCAACUUGGCACCGCAAGCAGACACUGAGCAUGUGGCGGAAGAACCCACACUUUCCCGGCCGGAGGCAGCAGGCAAGCCAGCGGGAAUCGGCCUGCGACUUCCUAAGGCUGCCAAGAGCAAGACCCCUCCGAAGCAGCGAGGCACACGAGACCUUACGCCAGACAGGUCUUUCUUUGGCGACAGUCAAGGUUGAGGCUGCUGGCGCAACCCCACCGUCACCACGGUCGCCACUAGCAGUGGAUCGCCCAGUGGACAACUCACACGCAGCAGCACCGCUUGGACAACCAAGUGACAAUGGCCCAGAUGGCAGCGGCUCGGUCACAGCGGCUGAUGGGCAAGAAGCACAAGGGGAGGCCAAACCAGAAGCAGGAGCUGCAGCCCCAGCAAAGGAGGCUUCACGGCCAAAUUUCUUCAGCGCACAAAGCGGAAGCAGAGCAGACACUGAGCAUGUGGCGGAAGAACCCACACUUUCCCGGCCAGAGGCAGCAGGCAAGCCAGCGGGAAUCAGCCUGCGACUUCCUAAGGCUGCCAAGAGCAAGACCCCGCCGAAGGAGCGAGGCACACCAGACCUUGCGCCAGACAGGUCUUUCUUUGGCGGAAGUGCUGUGCAGAAGCAUGGGCCGGAGACAGUCAAGGUUGAGGCUGCUGGCGCAACCCCAACGUCACCACGGUCGCCAUUGGCAGUGGAUCGCCCAGUGGACAACUCACUCGCAGCAGCACCGCUUGGACAACCAAGUGACAAUGGCCCAGAUGGCAGCGGCUCGGUCACAGCGGCUGAUGGGCAAGAAGCACAAGGGGAGGCCAAACCAGAAGCAGGAGCUGCAGCCCCAGCAAAGGAGGCUUCACGGCCAGAUUUCUUCAGCGCACAAAGCGGAAGCAACUUGGCACCACGAGCAGACACUGAGCAUGUGGCGGAAGAACCCACACUUUCCCGGCCAGAGGCAGCAGGCAAGCCAGCGGGAAUCAGCCUGCGACUUCCUAAGGCUGCCAAGAGCAAGACCCCGCCGAAGGAGCGAGGCACACCAGACCUUGCGCCAGACAGGUCUUUGUUUGGCGGAAGUGCUGUGCAGAAGCAUGGGCCGGAGACAGUCAAGGUUGAGGCUGCUGGCGCAACCCCACCGUCACCACGGUCGCUACUAGCAGUGGAUCGCCCAGUGGACAACUCACACGCCACAGCACCGCUUGGACAACCAAGUGACAAUGGCCCAGAUGGCAGCGGCUCGGUCACAGCGGCUGAGGGGCAAGAAGGACAAGGGGAGGCCAAAGCAGAAGCAGGAGCUGCAGCCCCAGCAAAGGAAGCUUCACGGCCAGAUUUCUUCAGUGCACAAAGUGGAAGCAACUUGGCACCGCGAGCAGACACUGAGCAUGUGGCGGAAGAACCCACACUUUCCCGGCCGGAGGCAACAUCAACGGCCGGCCAGCAGGAUUCGGACUUUACUUCCCCGGCUGCCAAGACUGAGCCCGUCCCCACGGACCGAUUGGAGGGGCUGCCUGACCGACCCAGAGUCUCAAGUGGCCCCAAGGCAAACCAGCCUCAGGUUUCAGCAGAGGGAGCCCGCGCGCGCUCGGCGCGAUCAGCUGGCUUUGGCGCGCAGCUGGCAGCAGUUCUUCGCAUUCAGCAACACUUCCGCUCCCGCAGCAAGGAUCUCAAACGAGGUGAAGCAGCCGUGAGGCCAGCGCCAGCGCCGGUUUUGAACGAGCAGGACUUGUCCAUUCCAUCUAUAGGUCUAGGCCAUGCACAGGCCCGCAAGCUGGCCAGGAAGGUGGAAGCCCCGAAGCGGCAUGUUCGCGCCAGGGAUUUUUCGAAGGCAGCGGUUGCUUCCGAGAAGGGCCCCUUGCUGACCAAGGAUGAGCUGGGAAAGAGCGCAGGUGACUUUCGCAGCCCUCAGAUGGACACAAUUGCGUCCAUCAAAGUUCAAGUGCGGCGUCAGAAUCAGAAGAAAGGUCAGGGUCUCACUGCUGAGGGCGCAGCAGCAGCAAUUCAGGUUGCCUUCCGCGUCCGGCGCAUGAAGCGAAUCCUGGCAGCCUUUCCCUUUGCAGGAGUUGAUGCAGGCACUGUUGACCGAUCACCCAAGCUGCCAGGGACACCUGGCGAGGACAAGGAUGUGUGGGCAGCGGUGCGGAUCCAAGCCUUCUAUCGUGGGAAGCUUGUGCGAAAGGCUGCGCGUCAAAGACGGCCCAGAGCCCAGCCCUCCAAGCUUUCAAAAGAUGGUGCCGCUAGCAGAAUACAGAAGAUGUACCGAUCGCGCAGGGCUGCCAAGACGCAACAGACGCUGAGUUUGUCAGCUCUUGCUGCCUUGCGUGUGCGCGCCAUCCGACUUCACAACCCGCGUGACGGAACCUCACCGCCUUCCACACCAAAGCUGCGCCAAGCUCAGAAGUCGUUUUUUGACGUGGACAUGCCCAACGAAGAGACGAGGGCAGCUGUUCGGAUCCAGGCACUGUACAGAGGCAAACUGGCGCGGCGUGCCCACGCCGCAGCUACUUACCAAGAAAGGAGGCACAUGGAUUUGGCUUCUGUGGGUGCCUUGCGCGUCAAGGUUCACAAUUUGCACAGCAAGAUGGUCAUGAAGCCGACUGCUGACAAAGGGUUUUUCGAUGCUCAGCCUUCAAGUCUUGAAUCCGAGCGAGACAGAGCAGCAACAAAGAUACAGUCACAUUUUCGGGGCAAGCAAGCACGUUCUGCUCACCGACUUCAAGGUGUGCCCGAUGUCGUAUCUUCCAAGGGCCCAUCCACUGCUGAGAUUGUGCGCAGGUCUUUGGUAGCUGCGGGCUUUGCAGUGGUAGGGGAGGCAAAUGCUGAAAUUGGGAGGCUCUUCCAGCGUGCUAGCCUUUCUGUUGAUCAGGCUAUGAUGAUGGGCGACGAAGCUGCUCAGAGAGCGUCCAUUGCCGUAGGAGAGUCCCUGUUAAGCAUGGUGGUCGAUACGGCCCCGCCACCUGCGCCUAAGUCUGAGACAUCCUCAGACUCGAGCCCUGACUUGGGCUCACACACGCAAGCGUCCAAGGAGACAAUUGCAGACCUCAGCAGCUCCCUGGAGAAGACCUGUGCCAAGCUGCGAAACUGGCUGAAUAAAAGGAAAGGCCGUACCCAUCAUGAGUGCGAUGUCAAGCCUUCCGGACAGCGCGAAUCAAGGUUGCAGUCUGGAGCUUCACCACAAACCCUGCGAGUACAACGAGCACAUUCACCCUCAACAGAGCCGGAGAAUCCACAUGAAGCAGCAGCAUCGCGCUUAUUGGCCAGGCUGAGCAAGCCAGCGCAUCACAGGCUAAAAUUGGCAAUUGUGCACUUGGCACCAUCUUGCUUUCCGGGGGAUAAAUGCUCCAGCUGCAAGGAGGUCGUUGUAGUUGAAAGCUUCGCGUCCAUCACUGCUGAGGUGGAAUUCAGUCUUUGGGGCACGUGCUCCAAGUGUCAAGAAAGUCUGUUUGGGCAGCCUCAGGAGGAGGAUACGAUCCUCGUGGCACCAGGGCGUGCAUUAGCGGCGCUGUCACCCCACCAUGCAAUACCAGUGGCAUACCCGGAUUCCAGCUCUGUUUGGCCCUCGCCUUUCCAUCUUUUUCUGGCACUGCACUUUUCAGACGCACAGAGCCUGCAGCUUGUCCUUGCGACACCCCUUGGCUCAGCCAAUGCGUUGCGCUCAUUUGUCUCACGACGAGAGCUGCGUGCAGCCGUGAGGGGUGAUUGGAAUCGAGGCUGGGCCAUUAAAGCCAUGAGGCAUGUUAUGUCCCUUGCAGUGGAACAACAUCCGGCUCUUGCGGCAUUGCUGCUGGCAACCGGCACCUCGCGCAUUGCCCACCUCUCAGACGACUUGUGGGGCAUGAGGCUAAUAGGUGGCCAGUGGGCAGGUGAGAAUCUUGUCGGGAAGAUGCUGGAGGAGAAGCGUUUAGCUCUGGCAGGCUGAAGGCUGCAUUCGAGCGAUCGCCAAGAAGCACGUGCGAGAAGGUCUGGCCGUCUGGCCUGAGGAAAGAUUGCUUUGCGCAAAGCCUGGGAAAACCAAAGUGCAGAUCUUCGAUUUCGCCAAGCGAAGGGUUCGCUUCCUUCAAGAAGUCCUGGGCAUCCUGGGCAUUACUCUGCUUCGAGUGAGCUUAGAAGCCACGAAGUUGCCCAACAACGUCAGAUGUCACUGGAUCGCACCGCCUUCUCUCAGUGCAUUGUCUCCGGUUCCGGACAGCCCAGCCAGGCAACUUAGAGGCCAUGUAGGGACUCAUUGGACUGGCGACGCGAUAUUGAUAUUGGUCGAUAUGUUUGCGGUGGAUGCUUCAGAUG